AUGAAAUCAGCCCUGGAAACAUCAGUAACCAUGCUCAAGCCCUUGUUUCUAAAAAUAUGUCAAGAACAGUCUAUUCCUCAAGAGUGGAAGGAAGGGUUCAUUGUCAAGCUGCCAAAGAAUGGAGACUUGAGCCAAUGCAAGAACUACAGAGGUAUCAUGCUGCUUUCAACACAAGGGAAAGUCUUCAACAGAAUGAAGACAUCGGUUGAUAAACUGCUCAUGGGCCAGCUAGCAGGUUUCAGAAAAGACAGGUCUUGCCCGGAUCACAUAGCCACACUCCGGUUAACAAUAGAGCAAUCCUUGGAAUGGAAGACGCCCUUGUAUGUCAAGACAUCGGUUGAUAAACUGCUCAUUGACCAGCAAGCAUGUUUCAGAAAAGACAGGUCUUGCCCGGAUCACAUAGCCACACUCCGAAUAACAAUAGAGCAAUCCUUGGAAUGGAAGACGCCCUUGUAUGUCAACUUCAUUAACUUUGAAAAAGCCUUGUGUGGACAGAACAUCAUUGUGGAAGAUUAUGAAGCACUAUGGAAUCCCAGACAAACUCUAGCAUUGGAAACAACAGCUGCCUAG